UACUCGUAGGACUCGCAAGCGGCGAUUUCUCCGGUCAAAUGACGCUGCUCAUAAUACAGGUUCUGAAGCUGCAAAUGUAACCGGUCGAUCUCCUGUCGGGCCUCUGCCGUCCGUUGUUUGGUAUCUCGAACUCGGAAGAUGGCAUUUCGACUCUGGCCUCGGAGCUGGGCGAGGAGCGCAAAGAGGUGCUUUUGAACCGUCUGUGGCGACUCGGUAAUCUGGUCGCGGUCGAGCGAAGGGUCCAACAGCGACAGCAGCUUCUGGCACAGAUCCCAAGUCUCGGCAGCAGAGUUCAAGACGGGCAGCAAGGAGGGGUCGGAGACGAUGUCACGAAUGGCAGUUGCAGCCAUGGCGAUAGAUACAGGGAUGGCGAAUGAUAGGCGAACAGCGAAUAACGAUGGCGGAGAGAAGCACUUGGGGGAGAGACCGGUGGAAUGGUGGGUUGAACGUGGAGAGUCCGAGCCAACGGAUUGGACUCUUGAAGGCAAAUAAAAGUCCAGACGCAGGCUUUAGAUGAUCAGCAUUGAUUUAAGGCUGUCGAAAAAGUAGGUUCCUUGCUGGUCGCCGUCGGAGCAGGUCGUUUGGCAAACUUGGGGCCGAGCGAUUAAUUAAUUGAAGGCGUUCCCCACCUCUUCUUCCCUGUCGGCUCGUCUCUUCCUCCAACGUCUCUCCCCAACGCUUCUCCUCCUCUCCCCUCCACAGAGAUCGUUCAUUUUUCUUUAUCUCUCCUCGAUCAUUCUUUCACUUAUUACUUAGAAUCUGUCGUUUUGUUCGCUCCUUUCAUGCUAUGUACGAUUGAAUUCUCCUAGAGCGAGCGUGUGCGAUUAUACCUAUAUUAUGGCUUGCUCAGCUCAAUCUGUCACUAUCGAGUCCCAUCUCGACGAUGCCUUUUCCUCCGCCUAUGCUACUCCCUCCGAGGAGACCUCUCUACUUCGGGAUCGCAGACGAAGACACUCGUUUCACACCGCGAGAAAACUCUCCUGUGACUAUGAUGCGGACGCCAUUUUCCUCCGAGUCGAACUCUUCCUCGCGGAACUAGAGAGGCGUCUCCACUGGAUCGAACAGUACCGCCGAUCGCACAUGGUCCAGAUCGAUGCCAGCCUACGCCGAGCAUACGCGACUCUGGAAGACGUGAGGGAUUCUUGUUGCCAUGCCUCAGGCGAGCUGAUGGGAGGCGGCAAGAAGAGAGCUAAGAUUCUGGUGGAGACACUUGAGGACCGCUACAACGACGCCUUGGUAACGAAGGAAACGCUGGAACAAAAAGCGCAAGCCGGUGUACGGUUGAUGGAGUCAUUCUUGACCGAACUGGAGUCUCGUGCCCACGCCGUCCGGGACCGCGGUGUUUACGGUGCCCUGGACGAUGGGUGGAAAGCGGUCGACUCAACGCUGGUACAGGCAAGAGAGGUUGUGGAUGAGGGAAUGGAACGAGCACGCAUGGUCAAAGACGCUCUUCGUGAGAACAUUGACCGAGCUAUCCUGCUGGCUCAAGAGAAGCGUCUCAUCGGAUACUCAGAUCUGCCAGCCCCAUGGCGGAUAAACCCGCAUAUCCUCUCAGGCUACCGGUUCACCUCAUCGAAGGUCGAAUGCUUCACCUCCGUGUUUACCUUCUCCAACGAGCUCGUCAACAUUUGGUCCCACCUAAUAGGCCUCUGCAUCGUCCUCUCCAUCGCCUUUUACUUCUACCCUUUGAACCCUAACUUCCACCUAAGCACAAAAUCUGACAUGCUCGUUGCCGCGGUCUUCUUCUUCGCCGCUUGCAAAUGCCUGGUCUGCAGCACCCUAUGGCACACAAUGAACAGCAUCGCCAACCAACCCCUAAUGGAGCGCUUUGCCUGCGUCGACUACACCGGCAUCUCCCUACUCGUCGCCGCAUCCAUUGUCACAACCGAAUACACGGCCUUCUACUGCGAACCCACGUCGCGCUGGAUUUAUAUCCUCCUCACCAUGUCCCUAGGAAUCGGCGGCGUCAUCCUUCCCUGGCAUCCCACCUUCAACCGCGCCGACUUCGCGUGGAUCCGCGUCGCCUUCUACGUCACCCUUGCCCUAACUGGCUUCGCACCUCUCGCGCAGCUGACCUACGCCCGCGGCUUUGCCUGGUGUCUCUACUUUUAUGCACCUGUCAUGAAGAGCAUCUUAGUCUACUUCGUCGGAGCCUGUGUCUACGCCUCCCAGGUCCCAGAGCGCUGGAGUCCGGGACUCUUCGACUACUUUGGCGGCAGCCAUAACAUAUGGCACCUUGCCGUCCUCGGCGGGAUUUUGUUCCACUAUCUCGCGAUGCAGGAUCUAUUUGCAAACGCCUUCCAGCGCGCACAAGGCGAAUGCCCCAACCUUACUGCAUAGUUACCUCACCGCACCUUCUUUUCCUUUUUUUUUUGUUACAUCCCCUUCAAUUCUACCACAUAACCUUUCCAGUAUUACCGGUUCACCUCACCUUGGCUAUGAACUUGCACGCCGUGGCACGAUGUAUAUACGACUUAACUUUGGGUUGUCCCCUCCCCGCAAAACAAAACACUGCACUCUAAACACCAUUCAGGCAGAUAGAUCUAUAGAUACACAUAGCCGCCUUGGUUUCCUUUCUCUUUUUAUUUCCCCCUCUCUUACAUCUUAUUCUCUGGAUCCCUCUUUCUCUGUUAUUUAUAGCGUUAAUCUUAGAUUCCUUUUCUUGUGCAUCAGCUGAGCUUGGAUACGGUAGCUCGGCUCUGGCUCGGUUCAAGUCGCGGAGGGGAACGAAUGGGAACUAGGCAGAUUAGACGGGGGAAGAGCAUUUGCAUGAAUGGAGUUUCUUUUUU